AUGGCGAAAUCCGUGAAAGCAGUCGGAUGGGCCGCCCGGGACCAGUCGGGCCAUCUGUCUCCCCUGAAAUUCGAACGGCGCGUGACCGGCGAGCGAGACGUACAGUUCAAGGUCCUCUACUGCGGGAUCUGCCAUUCCGAUCUACACGCCAUCAAAAACGAAUGGGGCUUCUCCGCUUACCCGAUGGUACCCGGCCACGAGAUCGUCGGCGUCGUCACCGAGGUCGGAUCCAAGGUCGAAAAGUUCAAGGUCGGCGACAAGGUCGGCGUCGGCUGCAUGGUCGACUCCUGCCGUAAGUGCGACCUCUGCGCCCGGGAUCUCGAGAACUACUGCACCGGCGGCGCCACCUUCACCUACGGCAGCGCCCUGCCCGACGGAUCUGUGACCUACGGCGGCUACUCGGACCUCAUGAUCGCCGUCGAGGACUUCGUCAUCCGCUGGCCGGACAAUUUCCCCCUCGACAAAGGCGCUCCCCUGCUCUGCGCCGGGAUCACGACGUACAGCCCGCUUAGGAGCUUCGGGCUCGACAAGCCGGGCCUCAGCAUCGGCGUGGUCGGGCUGGGCGGGCUGGGCCACGUAGCGGUCAAGUUCGCCAAAGCGUUCGGGUCCAAGGUCACUGUCAUCAGCACUUCCCCCAAUAAGAAGGCGGAGGCUGUUGAGAAAUUGGGGGCGGACGGAUUCCUGAUCAGCGGCGACCAGGCGCAGAUGCAGGCUGCGGCAGGGACCCUGGACGGCAUCAUCGACACAGUCUCCGCCCCACACGCGAUCCCACCACUUUUGAGCCUACUGAAGCCCGACGGGAAGCUGGUGGUGGUGGGGCUGCCGGACAAGCCGCUAGAGGUGCCGCCGUUCCCACUGGUGAUGGGGCGGAAGGUGGUGGCCGGGAGCAUGAUUGGGGGGAUCAAGGAGACUCAGGAGAUGAUCGACUUUGCAGCCAAGCAUGGUAUCUUGCCGGACGUGGAGAUUGUGCCGAUUGAGUAUUUGAACACGGCCAUGGAGAGGCUGGCGAAGGGGGAUGUCAAGUACAGGUUUGUGAUUGAUAUUGGGAACACGCUGAAAUCCGAGUGA